AUGGAGGAGCCGCUGGAGAUGCCGCCUGGGGAGGAGAGCAAGCCUUGCUCACUCUCGGAGGAGCUCGCCACUGACCCCUCCUUGCAGGUUGAGAUCUCAGACGCAGUGAGCGAACGGGACAAGGUGAAAUUCACUGUCCAGACCAAGAGCUCCCUGCCCCACUUCACCCGCCCAGCGCUCUCCGUGGUCCGGCAGCAUGAGGACUUUGUUUGGCUGCACGACACCUUCUCUGAAAAUGAUGAAUACGCUGGCAUCAUUAUCCCCCCUGCGCCCCCCAGGCCUGACUUCGAGGCAUCGCGGGAGAAGCUGCAGCGCCUUGGGGAGGGGAACAGCACCCUGACGCGGGAGGAGUUUGCCAAGAUGAAGCAGGAGCUGGAGGGCGAGUACCUGGCCAUCUUCAAAAAGACGGUGGCAAUGCACGAGGUGUUCCUGCAGCGCCUGGCAGCCCAUCCCGUCCUACGCCGGGACCACAACUUCUAUGUCUUCCUGGAAUACGACCAAGACCUCAGUGUGCGUGGCAAGAAUCGCAAGGAGCUGCUGGGCGGCUUCUUCCGGAACAUCGUCAAGUCAGCUGACGAGGCGCUCAUCACCGGGGUGUCGGGGCUGAAGGAGGUGGACGAGUUCUUUGAGCACGAGCGGACGUUCCUGCUGGAGUACCACGCCCGGGUGCGCGACACCUGCCUCAAGGCCGACCGCGUCAUGCGCUCCCACAAGAGCCUGGCAGAGGACUAUAUCCCCAUCUCGGUGGCACUGGGCAGCCUAGGCACACAGGAAGUCCGCCAGCUCCAGACGAGCUUCCUGAAAUUGGCUGAACUCUUUGAACGGCUGCGGAAGUUGGAGGGCCGUGUGGCAUCAGAUGAGGAUCUGAAACUGUCUGACCUGCUCAAGUACUACAUGAGAGACUCACAGGCAGCCAAGGAUCUGCUAUACCGGCGCCUGCGGGCACUGGCUGAUUACGAGAAUGCCAACAAGGCACUGGACAGAGCCCGCAUGAGGAACAAGGAGGUGAAGCCGGCUGAGGCCCAUCAGCAGCUGUGCUGUCAGCGCUUUGAACAGCUAUCAGCCUCCGCCAAGCAAGAACUGACUGAUUUCAAGUCACGUCGAAUCUCCGCAUUUCGCAAGAACCUGAUCGAGCUGGCGGAGUUGGAGCUGAAACACGCCAAGGCCAGUAGCCUGCUGCUGCGGAACACCCUGAUUGUGCUGAAGGGCGACGCCUGA